AUGGCGCGAUGUACAGUAGACGGGGUAGGCUAUGUUGGAGUCAGACCUUCAUCACGUAAUAAAUGCUAUUACGAAAAUAUCAAGGACGCUCAUUUUAGUUACGAUAGAAAGGAUUUCUGUGAAGGACAUGCACCGCACUUCGAAGUGAAUAAAGAGGAACGAGGAAAAAUAACUCUUACGCAUGUUCCUUUUAGAAGACAUAGAACAUACAACUUCGAACAGCUGCACAUUCAUGUUGGCAAAAAGAGGAGGAAAGGUUCAGAACACUCUAUAAACAGCAAAUUUUAUCCCAUGGAGGCUCACUUGGUGUUUUAUGACAGGAGGUACAAAAACAUAACAUACGCUAAAUUCAGGCCAGAAGGAUUGGUUGUCCUAUCGGUAAUGAUCAAGGUACAACAUGAAAAUGACAACGAUAAAGAGGAAGAAGAUGAACAAGGGCAUAUAAGAGACCAUAAAGAC